AAAACAUUUAAUUGCAUUAAAAUCUGUCUAAAAUUAUGUUUAGAACCAACGUGAGUGCAAAUACCGUGUAAAUUUUCGCCUAACGAAAACCUGUAAUGGCCUGAAACGAUCCUGCGCGAUUAACCCAACAUUCUGUGUUUUUUUGAUAGAUAAAAUUCGACUUCUCAAAGUGGCAAACACACUUUGCUUUUUAUUUCAUAUUGAAAUUGAAAAUCAUAAUAAAUUUUUAACGUCAAUGUUUGACGAGUUUACACAGAUAUUCAUACACAUUGUCUUAAACUAUUACGCUUACGAUUAUUUAGCACUUGUUUUAAGUGCCGCUUGAAUGUGCAAAAUUAUAAGUUUUAGUUGUAUUCCAAAGUUUUUUUAAACAAAUUAAACGAAAAUUUUGUGUACGCACGCUGCUCCGACGACCAUCUUUUAAAAAGGAAACUAAACACAUUAUGGAACAAGGAGACAAAGUACAAAGCGAUGCUUCACCGCCGCCGCCAUCGUGCAGUGAUUUUGUGGUCACUGAAUUGAGUUUGGGCAACUAUGAAAAGGCCAUGACUCUGAUUAAUAACAGAAUCGCCGUGCUCAAAGAUCAAGAGGAAAUUCUAGAGCUAUUGGAGCUGAAGAAUAUCAUUAUAAGAUUACGUAUUCGACGUAAUGGAAAGGUGUUUCUGGGACCCACACACAAGUCGGAUGCGCUGCCUUUUGCCUUCACCCUCGAGAUGUUAGAUGUGGUGCAGAAAGUGUUGCGUUGUCGCAAUCAUUACGAAGUGCUGCGAGUCUCGCAUCAUGCUACCUACUCGGAGGUAAAACGUGCCUACAAAAAAUUAGCAUUGCGUCUACAUCCAGACAAGAAUCGGGCACCCGGUGCAAGCCAAGCCUUUCGUCGGAUUAGCGAGGCAGCUGAUUGCCUUACAGAUAGCCAAAAGCGAAUUGAAUACAAUUUACUAAUCGCUGUGGGUGACUACUAUGGACAAACCCGUUGUGACAUAAAGAUUCCAACACCUCCAUCCCGUACCCCACCACGUCGUCCCUAUCAACCUGCUAAUCAACGUACCCCUCAACGUCAGUGGAGUGAUACUGAACAAAUGGUCAUAGGUGUAGCAGCUGCAGUGGUUUUCAUUUUCAUUACCAUGCAUUAUAUGUCUUCGUCCCCAAAUUACAGUUUCACCGAAUCCAGCUAUUACAGUGUGCGGCGUUUGACUCGUCCUAGCCAGAUAACUUACUAUAUUCCACCCGAUAUUGCCGCUAAACUAACACCAGACCAAUUCCAAAAAAUGGAAAUCGAAGUCGAGCAAGUCUUUUUUACGGAAUUGCGACAAAAUUGCAAACAGGAACGCAAAUUGCGUGAAACCCUUAUGCUACGUGCCAGACAGGGCGGAAAUCGUAAUCUUCACGAUCAUGCUAAUAAAAUGCCCACACCAUCCUGUCAGGCUCUCGUUAAAAUGGGCGUGACUAAGCAUAAGCCAAUGAUGCUGGAAAAAUCACGUUAAAAAUUUUUAAAAAGUGUGCUUAAUAUAGAAUUAAAUUGUAUGAAAUAAAGACAUUCAAUUAUUUCUUAA